GAGAAUGAAGCAGGAGGAGCUGGCUGACUGUCUGCAGAGCAGAACUGUUGUUCCAGAGUGCAGACGUGAACUGAAGUCUCACCUGAAGGAGAAGUUCCAGUGUGUGUUUGAGGGGAUCGCUAAAGCAGGAAACCCAACCCUUCUGAACCAGAUCUACACAGAGCUCUACAUCACAGAGGGAGGGACUGGAGAGGUCAGUGCUGAACAUGAGGUCAGACAGAUUGAAGCAGCAUCCAGGACACCACACAGACCAGAGACCACCAUAAGACAAGAAGACAUCUUUAAAGGCUCACCUGGAAGAGAUCAACCAAUCAGAGUAGUGCUGACAAAGGGAGUGGCUGGCAUCGGGAAAACAGUCUUAACACAGAAGUUCACUUUGGACUGGGCUGAAGACAAAGCCAACCAGGACAUCCAGUUCACAUUCCCCUUCACUUUCAGAGAGCUGAAUGUGCUGAGAGAGAGAAAGUUCAGCUUGGUGGAACUUGUUCAUCACUUCUUUACUCAGACCAGAGAAGCAGGACUCUGCAGGUUUGAAGAGUUCCAGGUUGUGUUCAUCUUUGACGGUCUGGAUGAGUGUCGACUUCCUCUGGACUUCCACAACAAUCAGAUCCUGACUGAUGCUACAGAGUCCACCUCAGUGGAUGUGCUGCUGACAAACCUCAUCAGGGGGAACCUGCUCCCCUCUGCUCGCCUCUGGAUCACCACACGACCUGCAGCAGCCAAUCAGAUCCCUCCUGAGUGUGUUGACAUGGUGACAGAGGUCAGAGGGUUCACUGAUCCUCAGAAGGAGGAGUACUUCAGGAAGAGAUCCAGAGACCAGGAGCAGGCAAGCAGAAUCAUCUCCCACAUCAAGACAUCCCGAAGCCUCCACAUCAUGUGCCACAUCCCGGUCUUCUGCUGGAUCACUGCUACAGUUCUGGAGGAUGUGCUGAGGACCAGAGAGGGAGGAGAGCUGCCAAGGACCCUGACUGAGAUGUACAUCCACUUCCUGGUGGUCCAGUCCCAACUGAAGAGCAUCAAGUAUGAUGGAGGAGCUGAGACUGAUCAACUCUGGAGUCCAGAGAGUAGGGAGAUGAUCCAGUCUCUGGGAAAACUGGCUUUUGAUCAGCUGCUGAAUGGAAACCUGAUCUUCUAUGAGUCCGACCUGACAGAGUGUGGCAUCAAGAUCAAGGAAGCCUCAGUGUACUCAGGAGUGUUCACACAGAUCUUCAGAGAGGAGAGAGGACUGUACCAGGACCAGGUGUUCUGCUUCAUCCACCUGAGCGUUCAGGAGUUUCUGGCUGCUCUUCAUGUCCAUCUGACCUUCACCAGCCUGAUGGAAGAAGAAAAAAAACCGUCCCCGAUCUCUAAAAUCUUUAGAGACAAACCUAAACUGACACGUCUCCAUCAGAGUGUUGUGGACCAGGCCUUACAGAGUCCAAACGGACACCUGGACUUGUUCCUGCGCUUCCUCCUGGGUCUUUCACUGCAGACCAAUCAGAUCCUCCUGAGGGGUCUGCUGACACAAACAGGAAGUAGCUCACAGACCGAUCAGGAAACAGUCCAGUACAUCAAGACAAAGAUCAGCGAGGAUCUGUCUGCAGAGAGAAGCAUCAACCUGUUCCACUGUCUGAAUGAACUGAAUGAUCGUUCUCUAGAGGAGCAGAUCCAACAGUCCCUGAGAUCAGGACGUCUCUCCACAGAGAAACUGUCUCCUGCUCAGUGGUCAGCUCUGGUCUUCAUCUUACUGUCCUCAGAGGAAGAUCUGGACGUGUUUGACCUGAAGAAAUACUCUGCUUCAGAGGAGGCUCUUCUGAGGCUGCUGCCAGUGAUCAAAGCCUCCAACAAAGCUCUGCUGAGUGGAUGUAACCUGUCAGAGAGAAGCUGUGCUUCUCUGUCCUCAGUCCUCAGCUCACAGUCCUCCAGUCUGAGAGAAGUGGACCUGAGUUACAACGACCUGCAGGAUUCAGGACUGGAGCUGCUGUCUACUGGAUUGAAGGCUCCCUAUUGUAAUCUGGAAACUCUCAGGUUUACUGGAUGUAACCUGUCGGAGAGAAGCUGUACUUCUCUGACCUCAGUCCUCAGCUCACACUCCUCCAGUCUGAGAGAGCUGGACCUGAGUAACAACGACCUGCAGGAUUCAGGACUGAAGCAGCUGUCUGCUGGAUUGGGGAGUCCACAUUGUAAUCUGGAGACUCUCAGAGUGUCGGGAUGUCUAAUCACAGAAAGAGGCUGUGCUUAUCUGGCCUCGGCUCUGAGCUCCAACCCCUCCCACCUGAGAGAGCUGGACCUGAACUACAAUCAUCCAGGAGACUCAGGAGUGAAGCUGCUGUCUGCUGGAAAGGAGGAUCCACUCUGCAGACUGGAUACACUGAGGGUGGACCAUGGUGGAGAGCAGAGGUUAAAACCUGGACUGAAGAAGUAUGUCUGUGAACUCACUCUGGACUCAAACACAGCACACAGAUACCUCAGACUGUCUGAAGACAACAGGGAGGUGACAUGGGUGGGAGAGGAUCAGUCAUAUCCUGAUCAUCCAGACAGAUUUGACUCCUGGUUUCAGCUGCUGUGUGGAGAUGGUCUGACUGGUCUUGGUUACUGGGAGGUUGAGUGGAGAGGAUGGGUUCAUAUAUCAGUGAGUUACAGAGGAAUCAACAGGAAAGGAAAAAGGCCUGGCUGUGGGUUUGGAUCUAAUGAUCAGUCCUGGAGUCUGAUCUGCUCUGAUGAACGUUACUAUGUCCGUCACAAUAACAUAAGAACAGAGCUCCCUCUCUCCUCGUCCUCUGACUCUCACAGAGUAGCAGUGUAUGUGGACUGUCCUGCUGGCACUCUGUCCUUCUACAGAGUCUCCUCUGACUCUCUGAUCCACCUCCACACCUUCAGCACCUCCUUCACUGAACCUCUGUAUCCUGGGUUUAGGUUGUUGUAUCAUGGUUCCUCAGUGAGUGUGUGUUCUGUGUAGCAUGGAGAGUCUCCUCCUCUUUACACAAACACUACACACAAACAGCUGCUGAAGAACAGUGUACCCUCUGCCCCCACACACACACACACACACACACACACACACACACACACACACACACACACACACACACACACACACACACACACACACACACACACACACACACACACACACACACACACACACACACACACUUCAGCUGAUCAUGUGAUUGUUUCUGUCACAUUAGCAUGAAUGUCUGUUAUCAAAGAGCAGGACUCAAUGGAAAACUGUCUAACUGAACUUUACUUCUUAACAUCUCUAUUGUGAAAACAUCAGGCCUCAUUCAUUCUGUGUUUCUUCAAUGUAUUGAUAAGAAAGUUUGUCAGAAAAGUCUGAGUCUCAUUCAUUAAACUGUCCUUACUGUCGACCUUGGUCUGACAGAGGAAUACAUUGUGUUUGGAGACAGAGGUUUAGUCUCCUUUGAGGAGCUCUCUGUACAGUUUAACUUGCAGCGCUCUACAUUCUAUUUUUAUCUGCAGUUGCGUACAGUAAUGAUAACCUACGGUGUCCCCUGGCAGGCCACUCUUUCCACACACCCACUAUUUAAAGUUCUGUCAGUUUCAUGGUAACAAGGGAAUCAUUUCCAAGUUUUAUUGUUAUAUUUUAAAGGCAACAUACCACCCAUUGGCACUUUUUACCAUAUGAUAUGGGAGUGUCCUGGUGUGGCCACUUUCUGGAAAAUGUUUAACAAAAAUUUGUCCCGGUUGUUACACGUGUCUAUCCCAUUGUUUCCUUCUGUCUUAAUUUUAAAUGACUUACUUCAGCUGCAGCUUCAUAGAGCUCAGAAGCGUGUGUUUUUAGCUGCUUGACGACCGCUAAGAAGUUGGUUGCCACUAGAUGGAAACACUAACUACUGCUCACUCGUAACAUCGCAACAACCUUUACCAUUUCUUUGUUCUUCUGGACCUGGUUCUUAGUAGUCUCUUUUUAAUUUGCUUUCAUAUCCUCUUUGGCCUUUGUUGAUCUCUCUGUAUGUGACAGUAACUGCAUAAAUGAUAAUAAAAAUUUGAUCACAAAA